UUUUAUUUUUAUUUUAUUUUUACACGGUUCUUAAUUUUCUCCCGCUGCUUCCUGUUUUUCUCCCUCCCCCUCGUCGCGCACCCCGUUUGCAAAACCCGGACUCUCCGUUGUUUUGAUUUGCCCACCGCUGCAUCGCCUCUUGUCUUGCUUGCACUGCGGGUGGGAGCUGCUUGGCUCGGGUGCCCCGAGGGCUCUGCCCGCCCGCCUGCUUUUCUUUUGCACCAUGAAAGCGGUGAGUCCCGUGCGACACCCCAGCAGGAAGGCGCUGGCGGGCUGCUGUUGCGGAGGAGGAGGAGGAGGAGGAGGCGACGGAGGUGGCGGCGAUCUGGCUCUGCGUUGCCUAGCCGAGCACGGCUGCUACAAGGGGAGCCCGUCUGCGGGCGAGGAGCCGGCGGCGCUGUGCCUCCAGUGCGAUAUGAAUGACUGUUACAGCCGCCUCCGGAAGCUGGUGCCCACCAUCCCGCCCAACAAGCGGGUCAGCAAAGUGGAGAUCUUGCAGCAUGUUAUCGACUACAUCCUCGACCUGCAGCUGGCCCUCGAGACGCACCCGGCGCUGCUUCGGCAACAGCAGCAGCAGCAGCAGCCGCUGCCGCCUCCCCCGCUGCACCCGGCCAGCUACCCGGCAGGGCCUCCCAGGACCCCGCUCACGGCGCUCAACAGCGACCCGGCUGGGGCUGUUAAUAAGCCAGGGGACAGUAUUCUGUGCCGCUGAACUGCACUUGCAAGGUGUGCAGCAGGCAGAUCCUGAGCCAGAGAAGCAGAAAGAAAGACACAUUAGAGAGGGAGGGGGGAAAAGAAAGAAAGAAAAUGUCAGCCACUGGGCAGAAGGAAAAAUAAUAAUGAAUCAACUACUCCAGAAUUCUUUCCAUACUUCCUUUAGAAAAAAGAGAAACAAGAGAGAGAGAGAAAAAAUCACAACUUUGCACGUUCAUAGCAUUUUACACACAUGUCUCUUAACUCUUUUGUUUUAGAUCAGAUGUGAAUUGUACACUUGUCUGGGAGGGAGGGGGAUUUAAAUCUUCAGCAUACGUAAGUGUGGCCCUUCUGUUGAUAGAAGAUCAAGGGCAAAUCAGAGUUUAGAAGUAUAACUUUAAUGCGCUGAGCAGCUGAAAACUGAAGCUUUACUAAUCUACCAGAGGUGUUGUAGAUAACUUUUGUUUUGACAUCUAUUGUUUAAAAUAGAUGAUUUUAUUGUUUCCUCAGGGACUUUCUUCUCCCUGCAGGAGUGUUACAUAUUGUAUAGAUUAAAAAAAAAAAGUGACAUUUCAUACUAUGUAUAUAGAGAGAGGUUCUAUAAGUGUGAGAAAAGUAUAUGCUUUAAUAGACCUACUGUAAUUAUAAAAUAUUUUUAAUUAAAUAUUUUUUUGUAAAUAUUAUAAAGCUGUGUAUGUUUUUUUUUAAAAUCUGUGGGAAGAUUUCUUUAGGAAAACUGUUUCUGGCUUAAGUGCAGAACUGCUGAUGAUGAAAAUAUGUUGGAUGUCAAGGGGGGUGUCUCUGUUCCUUUCCUCCCCCCCUCCCCCCCCCUUUAGAUUCAGAAACCACAGCUGUAGGUAGAGUUGGUCCUGCAUGAAUGCAUGAGAUGUCUAACCACAAAUAAACUUGUUGAGUCCA